AUGGAGAGAAAGUCCGGCUUCUUCUCAGCUCUCAAAGAGGAAGUAGUGAGAGGCCUCUCUCCGGGUCGGUCCAGGAGGGGGAGGAGCCCGUCUCCGUCGGGUUCUGGCCUUCUCAGGCGGAGGAGAGGUAGCAGUUUAGGCCCUCCUGAAAUCUUGAUUUCAAGAUCCGGUAGUUUGAGGCCAGCAGUUGAGACGCUUUCGCCUUUGAGGGAGGGUCCGGAUCCGAACGGGUCGGAAAGUACUGACCCGAGAAACGAAAAGUGGGGCCACUGGUUGUGUCGGGCUCCCUCCGUCUCUACUUCUGGGCCGAGUUUUUCGAGGUCGGAUCUGAGACUGCUGCUCGGCGUCUUGGGUGCGCCGCUCGCCCCCGUGCACGUUAGCAACAACGACCCCUUACCCCAUCUCAGCAUUAAAGACACUCCCAUUGAAACGUCGUCUGCCCAGUACAUAUUGCAGCAGUACCUAGCAGCAUCUGGGGGGCAGAAGCUUCAGAACUCGAUUCACAAUGCUUAUGCCAUGGGGAAGGUGAAAAUGAUGGCAUCUGAUAUAGAGACAGCAACAAAGGUUAUAAAGAGCAGAAAUUCGUCCAAAGCAUCAGAGUCGGGUGGAUUUGUUCUCUGGCAAAUGAAUCCUGACAUGUGGUAUGUUGAGCUUGCACUUGGAGGCAGCAAAGUUCAUGCUGGUUGUAAUGGAAAACUUGUGUGGAGGCAUACUCCCUGGCUUGGUGCUCAUGCAGCCAAAGGGCCAGUUAGGCCUUUACGUCGUGCCCUUCAGGGUCUUGAUCCAAGGACAACGGCCAACAUGUUUGCCAAUGCAAGAUGUACUGGCGAGAAGAAAAUUAAUGGAGAGGAUUGCUUCAUUCUCAAACUUUGUGCUGAUCCUCAUACAUUAAAAGCAAGGAGCGAAGGACCUGCAGAGAUCAUAAGGCAUGUCUUAUUUGGUUAUUUUAGCCAGAAAACAGGGCUUCUUGUGCAUUUGGAAGACUCCCAUUUGACUCGCAUCCAGAGCAAUGGAGGUGAUGCUGUAUACUGGGAGACAACAAUCAAUUCAUUUCUUGAAGAUUACAGACCUGUUGAGGGGAUCAUGAUUGCUCACUCGGGCCGAUCAGUGGUUACCCUUUUCAGGUUUGGUGAGACAGCCAUGAGCCACACCAAAACCCGGAUGGAAGAAGCAUGGAGCAUUGAGGAAGUUGCAUUCAAUGUUCCCGGUUUAUCCAUGGACUGUUUUAUUCCUCCGGCUGAACUGAGAUAUGGCUCUAUUAGUGAAGCUAGUGAGCUUCCUCAGGGAGAGAGGGUAAAGACUGCUGUAUCAGUCGCUGCUUCAGCCGCUUACCGAGCUAAGGUUGCUGCAUUGGGCAAAUCACAGGAUGGAAAUGUGAACAACAUCAUACUGAAGAUGAAUAUUUGA